AUGAACUCUUCCAGCAAGCUUGACAAUGAUGAAGAUGUCCAGAGUGUCAACAUCACUACAUAUAGAGGGAUCAUCGAUUCCUUGCUAUACUUAAUAACUAGCCAACCAGACAUCAUGUUUGAUGUCGGCAUCUACGGAAGAUUUCAGGCUAACCUUAAACAAUCUCACUAUGUUGUUGCUAAGCGCAUCAUGAAGUAUUUAAAGGGAACUCAAUAUGUGGAACUAUGGUAUCCGAAAGAUUCCAGAUUCAAUUUAAUCAUAAAUACUGAUGUAGAUUAUGCAGUCUGCAAGAUUGACCGGAAGAGCACCAAUGGAACUUGCCAGUUCCUUGCUAAUCGACUUCUAUCUUGGUUCAGAAAGAAGCAGACGUCCAUUGUCACGUCUACAUCAGAGGCUGAGUGCCUUUCUAUAGGUAGUUGA